CGUCGAUGUGGAUUAGUCGUGCUAUUGUUGAAGAUUUACCAAUUGAUCGGCCUCUGUGGAAAAUAGUCGUGCAUGAAGACUAUAUGAAGUGCGAUGACGGGUCAGGCGAUUUCCUAUCGUGCGUGCUCCUACGUGCACACCACGUGAUUGCUGACGGAGUUGGGGUUGUUUCCAUGCUUGACACUCUUAUGGUCAGUGAAUCUGAGGUGGAAACCGAAAUUUCUGCUCACGAGGGUAUGCGUAAAGCGAGUGUAGUCAACAAACAGGAGCCAGAGAAUGUACUUAUGACGUAUCUUCGUAUUGCGAUGUUUACCUUACCCGUCAUGGGUAAAAUACUCAAGUCUGCUAUCGAUGUGAAUCCGUUCAAAACUCGCCACGUUGAAGGCAGGAAAGUCGUUGGCAUGCUAAACGAUACGAUUGAUUUGGAACGUGUGAAGGUCGUACGCACGGCCAUGGGUGAUGCGGCGAAUGAGAAAUACACAGUUAAUGAUUUGCUUAUGGGUGUUCUUGGAUGCGCAUUGAACCGUACCUAG